AUGCGUGAAAUCUUACCAUACGAAGGCACUUUUAGCUUCAUAUCGAGCCAACUAGAGACCAGCAUCAAGAACUCUCUACCCCACUAUGACAAGAAGGACCCAAGGACAUGGCCUUAUGUGACUUUGGCUACCAUCGAGGAGCGUCGCCCUUACUACGGCUACCCAGAUCUUCCAGCUGGCGUUGCUUACGAGCGGUCGGUCAUGCUGCGAUACCACGCCAUGUACUCGGCUGAAGAUCGCAGGCAAAGCGUUGCUCUAAACGGCUCGUUCCACGAAAGAUAUCCUUGCAACUACAAUCAUUACGAUCAGCUGAAGGACUGGGUCGGUAUGUCCAAGGCGGAAUAUCAGAGCUACAUGGCAAAUGCCACCGAAGACAUCAUGUACAUGACAGAAUAUGCAUACGAUGACGGGUUGUGCCUUCCAAUACGCCAAUCGGCUGCUACAAGAGGGAACAGGACUCUGAAUAGCGAGUGCUGCACAAAUAGCACAUGCAUCGAGACCAGACGCGAAGCCGCCAAACUCCGAAAGGAAAUUCCGCUCAAGGAAAGCCAACUCAUACACUGCCAGCAGAGCCUCAAAGAACUUGAAGCAACCAAAGAACGAAGACACAACGCGCCAGGCGACACCCAAGCCGAACUCGAGAAGCAGCGACAACGUGCCGAUGCAGCAGAGCGCGAAUGCGAGAUCCGCAAAGCAAAUAAUAUCAAGCUACUACAUCGGGUACGGGAGCUAGAAAGAAUCGUGGUACAGAAGGAUGAACUUGAAGCGUAUUGCAGUCAGUUGAAGGAGGAGAUUGACGUGCUCAAGGGAAAGCGAAGGCGAGAUGUUGUGGAAUCAGAUGCUGAUGAGGAUUUGAUGGAGGGAUAUGUCUCCAGUGCCCAGAAGACGAGGUCGUCUAGCGUGGAUUGGUCGUACUAG